AUGCUCUUUUAUCUCGGGAUUUUUUCACUGUUGACACAUGGCGAACUUGAUGCGCAGAAAUGGAAAUACGGAUCGCUCGACUACGGACGACAAUCUUGGAUGUUCCAGAAGAAUCAGGCAUAUCACAGUAUCAUCAUGCCAAUACCACCAAUGCAAUUCCUAUUACCUUUACUACGAAUUCUUCGGCUACUAAAACUUUCCAUGCCAUUUAUCGCUCUUUUGCUUAUAAUAUUUCUGAUAUUAUACGUUCCAUUUACCGAUGCCAGACAUCAUAAAAUUCGUUUUGAAAAUUUAUGUAAGGAACCUGCUGAUUUGAACUGGAGAUUAUUUCGAUGGUUUACUGAAACGUCUGAAUUAGAAAUUUUGGAAAUUGGUGAUGAAGAUUGGAGUCCUCCGGUGCCAGAAUCAAAUUUCUGCAGUACUGAACCAGUAACAGGCAUUAAUUCCACAACAAUGCAACGAUCUCUGUGUCCAUGGCAAUGGAAAUUGAAUCAUGAUGAAAAUCGAGAGCCAAAGAUUAUUUCUGAAGCACAUUGUUUAUGUCGUCGUAGUCGCGGAAGUUCAGGCUCAUUUUGUAUGCCAAUUAAACGACAGAUAGCUGUAUUGAAACGGACCCGGUGUGAUCCGACAACAGGGUACUAUGAAUACAGUCGGGCACUUCAAACUGUCACUGUUGGAUGUCAUUCAGUGCUUCCAAGAAGCCAGAAAGCUAGUCCUUUGACAAAUUUGUACAGAAAAACUAAUAUUAUUGAAAUUUAA